AUGACGCCGCCAACCCAGCGCCUCCAGGCCCUCGCGUCUCAAAUCCAACCCGCCUACUCCGCCAACCGCCGCCUGCUCAACCGCGUCGCCAUCGUCACGGGCGCGUCAUCCGGCUUCGGCCGCGAAAUCUGCAAGCAAUUCGCCAUCGAAGGCGCAGCGGUCGUGUGCGCGGACCUGCAACCCACCUCUGGCAACGCAGACAACAUCCCUACGCACGAACUGCUGCAGAAGGAGUACGAUGCGAAAGCGCUGUUCGUCAAGGUCGAUGUGAGCAAGGCCGCGGAUGUGAAGGCUGCGGUGGCGAAGGCGGUGGAGGAGUUUGGGAGGGUUGAUAUCAUGGUGAACAACGCGGGCAUCUGCACCGAAGCCGCCAACCCGGCGCCCGUCGACGAGAGCAGCGAGGAGGCGUUCGACCGCCACUUGCAGAUCAACACCAAGGGCGCGUACCUUGGCUGCAAGUACGCUGUCGAGCAGAUGAAGAAGCAGGAGCCGCAUGCGUGCGGGGUGCGGGGUUGGAUUGUGAAUGUGGCGUCUCUGGGAGCCACGGUCGGGAUACCGGGGUUGGUCUGCUACAAUGCGUCAAAAGGCGCCAUCGUCUCCCUCACCAAGACCGUUGCCGUCGACGUUGGCCAGUUUGGCAUCACCUGCAAUGCCAUCUGCCCCGGAUCUUGCUACAGCACAAUGUUGGACGAAGCCCUCAAAGGCGCCUUCAGCACCAUCGGCCAUGAUGCCAUUGCAGCUAUGUACCCCAUGAAGCGCUUCGGCCGCGCUAUUGAUCAGGCGAGAUCCGUUUGCUACUUGGCAUCUGACGAUGCGGCCUGGGUGACCGGCACAACGUUGGCAGUGGAUGGCGGCAUGUCGGCUCAAUAA